UUACAGCACAUUAUUGAACAGCAGCAAAACAACAAAAACAAAAAGUGUACAGUUCGAAAAAAACACAAGUUUUGUUUUAUUGAAUCAUCGAAGCGUUACUUUCAUUUUUUCUUUACCUGCUUCAAUUAUCCAUUCAAAAUGGCGGAGAGCUGUUUUCGUGAUUUUUAUCAGGAGCUCGAUGGGUUUGAGCUGGACAUGCCAGGAAGACAGAGAGUCCAUUUCAGUGAUAACGAGACCCUCCUGAGAAUGUUGCGAUGUCAAUACAGAAACUGGACCGACGCAGGAAAAAUAACAUCAGUUCCUCCUGCCAGAGUUCCCAGACUAUUCCUGAAAAACAUCCAGAUGAGCUCAGCACAGCAAAAAGAAUUCAAAUCUCUUCAAAAAGGCGAGGAUGGUGAAAUAAAAAUCUACCGAUUACUAAUGGAAAAAUAUGACGAAAAUCGGGGUGGUGUUAUGUUGUUUCCGAAUGUAAAUGCAACAGAAAUUUUUAAAACACAGUCAGCGAAGGUAGAAAUUGACACGAUAUUAAUUAUACCGACUAAAGGAGUGUUUUUGUUCAAUAUAAAAGCUCAAGGAGGGAAAGGGUUGACGCCACACAAAAUUGAAGAAGAUUUCAGAAAUCAUUCGGCCUUCCUGCGAACGCUCAUGCAAUACGGCUGCAAAGACAUUUCAAAAUUUCCUCCAAUUCAUUCAGUUUAUUGUCAUCUGUUUGACGACAAUAAAGAAAAGUUUGAGCGCAAUAUUAAACAAGAACAAAACGAAAGCAAACUUCUAGUUUUUACCAAAUCAGACUUGAAACCGGAAAAAUUUGCCGCUUCAUGGACUGAGAAAAUUCAAGAUAUUCCAGAUUUAGAUCCAAAUUUAUGGGAGAUAUUUGAGGUGUUCAUUGCUCGAUUAGUCGCACUUAACUCAAUUGAAGGUUCUCUUGCGUUGAUUCACGAUCAAGUUAGUUCAAAUUACCUUCAGGCGACAAAUAAAAACAAGACAAAUUUUGACGCUUUCGUUAGUGAAAAGGAAUCAAAAUCAGUUUUGAUGGAGGCCUCAAAAGCAAAAUAUAGAACAAAAACGAGAUUCGUAUUGUGGACAAAAGAACAGUUAAAGAUAAUCUCGACCGUCGUUGAGCAUUUGCAAGAUACUAAUCGGAAGGCUUUGAAACUGAUUGUCAAGGGAUGCAAAGGGUCGGGAAAAACAAUGGUUUUAAUUUUUCUGGCCAAAAUCGCAGCCAAAUUAAUUCAAAAUCAGCUUCCUGGUCAAGACAAUCAAGGCGUUGUAACUUUAUUCAGUGGCAACUGGGUGGCUUCUUAUCUGCACACAGAGCAAAUGCAGAACCUCCUAGAAUCUUCUGGCGACACUAUUUGCAAUUUGGGUUAUGAGCUCAAAAGAAGUCAGGAGAAGAACAAAGAAACCGAAGUGACAAAUCAACAGCAACGCCGCAAGUUAAUUGAACAUCAUCUACAGAAGACACACAUUUUUUUGUGUGACGAGUUCCAUUCGGAUAGAAACAUCAAUGCAAACGACGAUGGAUUUAUACCGCUGGGAAUUCUGAACGAAAAUCAGCAUUGUAUUUUAUUCAGUUCUCAAAAGGAAAAAAUUGGUCUCCUGAAUGAGAAAUACCAGGUUUUAUCACUCAAUGCUUGUCUCAGAUCAACAUCCGAAAUAAUAAACUUCGUCGAAAGGUAUCGAUUGGAGGGUAUCAGUACAAGAACCUUCGAGAUCAAAUCUUCACCAUCACAUAACUUUCAUGGUGAAAAAGCAGAUAUUCGGUCUUGUAGUGAAAUAUCUGAUUUCAUUCAGACCAGUGUGGCAACAAUAGAAGAGUACGUGCACAAAUCCAGCGGCUCAAUUUUUCUACCUGUCAUAGUGCAUGUGCCCAGUGAGAUCCUGGCACGAAUAUCGUCAGACCUGGAAAGUAAAAAGAUUAAAUACUUUUGUCAUCAGAAUUGGUACAAUGACUCCUCUGAUGGCAGUGAGAGCGAGUUGCCAGUCGUUCGCUUUUUAGAUAUUCAGGGAAUAGAUGGCCUGGAGUUCGCAGUAGUCGUCAUUCUUUUGUAUGACGAUGGUUCUGGUGAUAGGCGUGUUAUUCAUUACUUCCAUACCAUGAUAACCAGAGCGUGUGUGAAACUUGUCAUCGUCAAAGUCGUAGACAAGCCAAAACAAGACCAACAGCGGAAGAAAGCAAUAAAUUACACAUUCGGAAAAAAUCUAAAAGGUGAACUGGAAAAGUUUGAAUCUAACAGCCUUGUACUUUUGGUGGGAACCUAUUUCCGAUUCAAUUUCAUAACACCCAUAACACAGUCCGAAGUUGUAAACAGGAGUAAUUGCCAGCCAAAAAUAAAAAGAAUUCAAUAUUUCAACGGGCCAAAUAAUGUCAUCAUUCUGCAAUUAGAAGAUCUAUACAAAAAAAAGCAUUUAGAAGAAUUGAAAAGAAUUGGAUUACGGACAAUUAUUCUUGUCGGUGCUAGACACAGUAAUUACUGGUCCUGGAAUUUUUAUUGGCAUACUGAUAGAAUUCUUCAUUCAAACGCGUUUUGUGGGCAAUUUGAAGUUAGAAGUUUGUUGUUUCUGCACGAUAAUUAUGACCAGCUUUCAAUCCAGUUAGAGCGUUCCCUGAACAAAAACGAGAGCCAUGAUAAUUUUGAAUUACAAAAUUUUGGAAAAUCGGAUGACAUUUUUAAGGACGACCAGCUGCUCAAGCUUAACGAGCCGUACCUAAAAUGGGAAAACUGGAAAGAAAAAGCGAAAGAGAGUCGUCGACUAUCGUUGCCAACUUCCCGUGUGUCUGCCAUAUACAAUGAUUGCUUAAAUCUAAUGCAAAAAGGCAGCAUUAAAGAUCCCGAAAAAUACAUAAAGUUGUACGUUGCGAUGUGCCAGUUAUAUUUGACGGAAAUUUCGAAACCAGUGUAUAGCUUAAAAGACUUAGAUAUAGAUUCUGAAGAAUACAAUUCUUUUCAAUGUUUUGCUUUUGGAGCAUUGACGACUGCUGGUUUUGUAUUAGAGCAAGAUGCCAGGUGCGUUGAAGCAUACCAUCAGAUCUACCGAGCGAUAAAAGUUAUUACAAACAAACAAGCCUCCGGAUGUCAAGAACUUGAGGAAGAUGACAUUAACGAGACCAUACAAAAAAGUGAAGAGGAUUUGAGACAUGCAAAUACGACUGGACUUCGGAAUCUUGACUUGUUACACGCUAAUAUCGGGCCAACUUUAUCAGAAAAAUGUGACUUGUUAUUCCUGAAGCGGAAAGAUUAUGAAAACGAAGCAGACUCAGAUACACUGUUUGCAAAAAGGAAAGAAUUGGCUGAGAUUACUUGUGAGUUAGCCAUAGAUUUUCUGAAUCAAAUAACAGAAAGUGGUGUUAGUUAUCACGUAAUAGAGUUUCGGUUAAAUCCUUAUCUAGAAGUACUGUCGGCGGUACUUGAACAGCCCAUCCGUUGUGCCCUGGAAUCGUUAGAGUGGAAUCCGAGACACGAACCAGCAUUUGAUGUACUCAAAAAAUCUUUCGCAUUUUACACUUUAAUUCUGAACGAAGUCUACAACAUAGCAACUAAAAUUGAGAAGAGGAAGUCUUUAGCUGGAAGCAGACUUCAUUAA